AUGAAGAGUGUGGAGGGCGGCGUGCGGCUUGACCUGUACAACUUCGACCUGCCCCAACACCAGGACUGCCCCUACAUCCUCACCAGCCCCCGCUCUCUGGAGGCCUGCAGACGUCUCUCCAUCAAGCCCGUGGAGCUGCUACAACGGUCCCGGGAUGACUACGACGCCGCCCAUCCUGGCCAGCCCCUGCCGGAGCGACUGGUCGCCUACCACGCCCAGGAACGCCUUAGGCUCACAGAAGGCGGGCGAGGCGCGAGCUGCACCCCACAAGGUCAAACGGCAGCCCCAGGCCCCAGCCAUGGAAAGGAGAGGGAACCCAAGAAGGUUGAUAGGAAUAAAGAGGAAGAGAAAGAGGAAGGGAAGGAGGAGAGCCAGGAGGAGGAGGAGGAAGGCACGUCCUUGGGGCCCAGCCUCGUGAGGCAGGACAGCGAUGCCUCCUCAUAUUCCUCCGUCUCGUCCAAGGUGUCCAAGCGCCUCAAGGAUCAGGAGAACUUAGCUCGCAGCCUCAUCUCCAGGCAGCCGUCAACUGGUGGCUGGGAGGCGGAGGACGGCGUAACCGGAGCAGGAAACAGACGUGGUGCCGAGGAGGAAGAGAAAGAUGAGUAUAAAACAUUGAAGAAUAAAGACGAUGAACACGCGGGUGAUGAUGAAGAACAAGAUGACAAGAUCAACCACAAAGAGAAUGAGACGGCUGAGUUGAGCGGUGACUCUGAGACCACAUUAGGAGCAGUGACUGAGGCAGUCGAGACCGAGUGCCAGUUCGUGACCACACCCGGCGUUUCUGGCCACAGAACUUACACUGUCAGGACCACCGGCCACCACACCUCUACGCCCAGCACAAGGGAUCACAAGGUCUCUGCUCCCAGCGUCACCAGGAAACCCAAAACGGGUGUUCCGAGGCCGUCCAGCGCUCAGCGCGUCAAACAAGGAGAUCUAUAUCGGUCAGGCCUCACCCAUGCUCCAAAACGCGCCACCCAACAACAACGUGUUGAUACAAAGAGUUCUCCUGCAUUUACUCGAGUCCCAGGGGAGCCGUACCGAGCGUCGGUGGCUGGCAGCAGCAAGACCACCACAGGGAAAUUAGCCAGGCCGUCUUCAGCGACUGUGGCCGCGCCUCAACACAAGCAGCAGCAGCCUCGGGCUCCCCUCUCCCACACCACGCUCCCCGCGUUCAAAGGUCGGGUUUUCCAGUUUAACAUGUGUAGUUAUUUGUUCAGUUGCUUGCUGAUAAUAAAGGGGUGUUAUUUUUAACUCACACUAUUGUAAUGUUCAUUAUGUUUAUGACAACAACUAUUAACACUGGGGUAUAUAUGGGUAUAACGCUGCACAUAUAUGAAUAUAUAUGUGCAUCGUUAUACCCCCAGGGCGGACCCCAGG